UCAUCUAUAGCUAGUUUAAUUGAAAACGAUGUGGAGCAAAAAUCAAUAGAACAACCUUUGAUAUCUGCUUUAUUAAACUCGGAGCCUGUCUCAAUACCUUCAUUAGAUGAACGGUUAAAUUCACCAAGCGCGGGAGGAUUUUUUAGUUCUUGGAUACCAGUGUUUGGAUUUUCGACGAAUUCUGUUAAAUCACAGGACACUCCAGAAUUCUACGUCGAAAAAUUAACACAACGAAACAUUGCUGCGAAGUCGUUGGCAGAACGGUUGCAGUCCCUGCGAGUGACUUUAUCUACCGCAAAACUUUCUUGGAUUAAAAAUUUUAUUGAUUGUAAAGGAUUGGCGGCGCUGGAAUUCGUUCUAGAAAGAUAUACAAUCGGAAUAAAGAAGAACAUGUCCCGAAACACCGAUCAUGAUGGCCGAAUACAAUCCGAGUGUGUUCGUUGUCUAAGAGUUUUAUUAAAUACAGAACUUGGGUAUAACCAAGUUUCGAAAUCUUCUUCACUUAUUAAUUGCAUAGUUUUCUGCAUGCAUACACCAAAUAAUAAACUUCGUUCGCAAGUAGCUGAUGUUUUGGCAGCGUUAUGCGUUCUUUCACUUGAAGGGCAUAAGUUGGUCUUAGAUGCUUUUUCGGAUUUUCGUCAGGUUCACGAAGAAAAAUUUCGGUUUCAAUAUUUGAUGAACACUUUGAAAAUUGGUGAAACAGAGGACAGCGUUUCAAUGGAAUACAAAUCAGCAUGUUUGAGCUUAGUAAACGCUAUAGUGACAUCGCCGGAAGAUGUCGAGGAACGCAUGAUGCUUCGUAAGGAAUUUGAAAGGCGAGGUUUAACAGAUCUUUUUUUG